AAACAGCUUACACAUCCGGCUUAAACAUCCGAAGCAUGCAGCUCUGUGUCCAAAACGAUCACAACGGUUGUAUUGUUUACACACAGCAACGCUCGACGCUCUGUUGAAUGGACGGUUUCUGUUAAACUCUUACAAGAAGUGAGUUGGUAAUACAAGAUCAUGGCUAAACAAAUCAGUCAGAAGACAUUUGAUGAUGUUGUGAGGGAGAAUAUGAGAGAAUUUGAAAUGGAAGCUGAGGAGGCGGUGCAGGAUGCCAUCCAGCAAUUUGAAUCACAGGGUGUGAACCUAAGCAUCAUUGUUAAGGAUCCAUCACUUUAUACUGAGAGUGCAGAUAGUGGAGAUACACAUGACCACCCAGUUGUUACUGCUGUGAAGAAAUUGGAUGCCUGUCUUGCGGGUCCUCCAGGUGCAGCUCAGGAUGAAAUAGUUUCUUGCUUACAAGAUGUACAAAAAGAAUGUGACACUGAUCUGUCUCGAAGAUGUCUUGCUGGAAGUAAUGGUGCUUAUGACGUCUUGUACAAAGCCCUUUGCACCUAUGAAAAGGAGCCGGACACUUUUAGACUGGUGCUGUCUUCUUUUUGUGCCCUAGUGAAUGGACAGCCUGAUCUCAUAGAUUGUAAAGGCAUUGAAUUACUGAUGAGUGCUCUGAAGCAGUAUAGAGAGAGUGCUGAAACAGAGGAAUUAAUUGUAAGGGCAAUCAGGCUCAACUGUGUCAAACAUGAGGCAAACAGGCAAGAAUUCGUCAAACAUGACUAUAUAAUUACUGCCACUGAGCUCCUCACUGCCCACAAGUCUAACCCAACACUGGUCAAAGAAAUUUGCAUCAGUCUUAGAACUCUUACGUUGGAUGAUGAUGUUCGAGUUCCAUUUGGGAAGGCCCAUGAGACUGCCAAGACAAUUGUCACAGAAGGGGAUGCACUGAAAGCUAUUCUGUCACUCUGCGAAGAGCAUUUGAACAAUCCAAUAGUGCUUGCCGAGCUGUUCCUCACUCUAAGCUGCUUGGCAGUGAGAAAUGAAUUCUGUGAAGAGGUCAUGAACAGAGGAGGCCUCAAGCUCAUCAUUCAAGCUUUUGAGAGUGGAAUAAAAGAUAAGGUGAUUGUCCGACAAGCCCUUAUUGUGAUGAAAGUUCUUGCUGGCAAUGACGAUGUGAAGAAAGAGAUUUGUAAACUUGGAGGUGUGGAGCUUGUUGUGACAGCCAUGACCACCCAUCAGAACAACUCCCACAUUGCAGAGGCAGCCUGUAAACUGCUGACUGCUAUUACUCUGCGGAACCCAGAGAACUGCCGCAAGGUGGUAGAUUGUCAUGGGCAUCAGCAUAUUGUCCAGGCCAUGAAAUUACAUCCCAAUGAAGUGGGAGUUCAGAAAAAUGCAUGCAUGUCCUUGAGGAACCUUGUGUCCAGAACAAAAGACUUAUCUGAAUGUAUACUGGCCCUGGGAGUGGAGCCCCUCCUCAACAACGCCAUGAAUUGCCACAAAGAAGCUCAGGACGAGGCAAAGGCUGCUCUCAGGGACUUGGGAUGUAAAGUAGAGCUUCAAGAAUUAUGGAAAGGGAAGAGAGGAACUCUGCAAUAGGUUUCUUCUUCUGACUAGCUUUGCUUUUAAUUCAGUUUCCAAAUUCUUUCAUUGACAAUAAAAAAAGGUGUUAGAGAA